AUGAUAUAAUUAAAUUGAAUAAGAAAGAAGAGAGAAAGCAGUACUCCCCCCAAAUGAAGAGAAGGUUUCAACAGACUGGAACUUGGCAAUUCAAGAUGUGGGGGACCAGAUGGGGAAUCCAACAGCAGACAGGUUUCGGUAAGAACCGUUUGGGACGCAGAAGGAGAGUAACAGGGAGGAAACGGCCAUAUGGAGUUAUAACUGGCUUGGCAGCCAGGAAAGUACUAGGUUCACGUGGAGGGAUAAGUCCUCUGAACAGACAACCACUUAGUGAGAAGCGAAACUACCCAGUUUUGAAAAGGAAAACAACCCUUCAAAGGCAGUUUGAAUUGCAGAGAAAACAAAUGCCAGCUCUCAGGAGGCCUGUCCCAUUAAACAGGAGGAGUAAUAUACCAUCCGCUUUUGCCAGAAUUGGAAAUAAACUAAGCCAGCAGAAAGACAUGCGUCAAGCAACAUUCCUCUUCAGGAGGGGUCUGAAGGUGCAGGCACAAGUGCAGCCGGUAGAAGAACUUCUAGAUAAUCAGGCAACAAAGAGGUCUCGCCAAUGGCGAACUUCCACUACAAACGGAGGAAUUCUGACUGUAUCUAUUGACAACCCUGGAGCAACUCCAUCCCCAAUUUCUCAGAAGCCACGAUUAACUCAUAUUCCUAUGCCACCAUUUCUAAUGAAGAGGGACCAACCAGAAGAGAAGAAAAUUCCCAAAGGAGUUACAUUGCAGUUUGAUAUCAACAGUGUUGGAAAACAGACUGGAAUUACUUUGAAUGAGCGCUUUGGGAUCCUCAAGGAACAAAGAACAGCCCUGUCUCAGAACAAAGGAAGCCGUUUUGUAACAGUGGGUUAGAGGCUUUCGAAAGGACAUAUACAUAAAGACUCCACUGAUCUGAGAAACUGGGAUGAAAGUGCACAGAAGAGUAUCGCAUAUGUCACUGAUGUUCUCCAGACUUUUUGUUAAGAUGCAGACACAAUUAAAUAUCCUAUUGAUUUUACUUUUAUUAGUAAAAAGACAUGAUGACCCAGGCAAAAAUGGGAAAAACUGAUCUGCUUGGUAAGUGGUGUCAUGUCGUGAUCUAAACAAAUUUCUGUAACCCCAGCUGGUGAUUAAGGCAGGGGAUUUAUUUUAGUUUCCCUCACUGCCAAAGUACAGAUGGAAGGCAAAAAUUAACUAUUUUUGUGGCAUUCAGCAUCUGCUCCUCAAUCCCUGCUAUAGUGAGGCUCGUGUCUACGUUUCCAUUACAAAUCUUUCUUUUUGGAGGGGCGGAGACUGUCAGAAAACUUCCCUGCAGAUGGCAGUUUGGCAUAAAGCCUGAGUUUGAGAGUUUAUUUUUGUUCAAGACAUAACUGCCUCUUUCUCUUUCAUAGGGGUUUGGUUGGAAUUCUUUAUGCUUUUGACAAGUUAUUUUUUCUUCCUUAGAGACUAAAUUUUUGGCAUCCUCAUUUGAAAAAGUAAAACUAUUGUCAGAAAGAUGAGAUACUUAAUAAGUAUGAAGAGUAUACUACCCAUCCUUAAAAUUGGUCCCUCCAAGGCAGGGUUUAGGUAUAUUGGUUGGGCAGUAUUAGAGAAGCUUGUACUGCAGAUGUUUAUAUUGUAUCUGCUCUCUCAGUAAAUGCAACUUUCAGUCUCCUACAUUUUGUUUAAACUCUGCCCUUCUGUUCCCUUUUUAGGCUUUUCACACAUUUAAUGCAAUAUGUUUGUGUUUGGUGUCCCUUUUUAUAAAGCUAAAUUCUGACUUUCAUACAAGAAAAUGCAACAUGCCAGGUUUCCUAACCGUCCCAGAAUCUAGACUUUUAACGUCAUAAACCUUGCCCCUAAAGGCUUUCCUUGGUCUUUU